AUGGGUUCUGAAUCAUCGCCCAAUGUCCCUUUUCUAGAUUUUUCCGAUGCAGAUUUGAAGCCAGGCACGGACACUUGGUUACUAGCGUGCAAAAAGGUUAGACAAUCACUUGAAGAGUAUGGUUGUUUCAUAGUUGAAUAUAAUAAAUUCCCACUAGAACUUCACAACCAAGUCUUUGCUGUACUGCAAGAACUGUUUGAUCUCCCAACAGAAACAAAAACGAAAAACAGAUACGAAAAGCCCUUGAAUGGCUACGUCGGACAAAUUCCCAAGCUUCCUCUACAUGAAAGCAUGGGCAUCGACAACGCUAACACCCUAGAGGGAACUCGAUUCUUCACAAAUCUAAUGUGGCCUCAAGGAAAUGAUCGUUUCUGUCAAUAUAUUUACAAGUAUGCAAAGGUAGCAGCGGAGUUGGAUCAAAUGGUGACCAGAAUGAUAUUUGAGAGCUAUGGCCUGGAGAAAUACUAUGAUGCUUAUAUUGAUACAACCACCUACCUACUCCGACUCCUGAAGAACCGAGCGCCCCGAGAGAGUGAGCCUAACCUAGGCUUUAUUACUCAUACUGACAAGAGUUUCACGACCAUACUUCAUCAAAACCAAGUCAACGCUUUAGAGGUCGAAACGAGGGAUGGUACGCGGAUUGAUGUAGACUUCUCAUCUCCUUCAUCCUUUGUGGUCAUUGCCGGUGAUGCACUAAUGGCAUGGAGCAAUGAUCGGGUACUUUCUCCUAGCCACCAAGUGGUGAUGAGAGGGAAUAUGGACAGGUACUCUCUCGGGCUAUUUGCUUUCAACAAUGGAACAAUUCAGGUGCCAGAAGAGCUUGUUGACGAGGAACAUCCAUUAAAAUAUAAGGCCUUUGAGCAUUUAGGGCUUUUGCGCUUCUACCGCACAGACGAGGGUUACAAAUCUACGUGUCCUAUCAAAGCCUACUGCGGUGUGUGA